AUGGACAACGCUCGGCGUCCACGGCGACAACAGCCUUUGCCCGAUAGCAAGGAUGGACACCGCGGUAGCCGCAACACGACGACAAGCCCACAUACACUUUCGCUCGCCCGUAGUCUGAUAGACCAGCUCCCCGACCAUACCCUUAGGGAAAUUCUGCAUUCUGUCGCUCACUUGACUCUUGUCCAAGAAACCCUUGUCACCUCCACGUUGCCGCCAGCGAGCACAGAAUCUUUCCGGUCAAAGCGUACUAAGCGUUCGUCUUCGACACCCACUAAUUCGCGACACGGGUCUCCUUCGCCCUACCCUGACUCCCGUUCAACGCGGCACAACCUCUCCGCAACAACCCAACCUGUCGCCCGGUCAGAGCCACUUACGCCUCAAAUGCAACAGACGCGGAAACAGCUCCUCGUAUUGAUCCAUCGCGUCAACGUCUACUACAGUAACACAUUCAACACGGCCGAUGCCGUUACGUGCCUGCUCAACAUUGCACACCGUGCCCUCGAUCAGCAAUCUGUUCCUAUCAGAUCCCCAACACCAACUACUCCCGAGCCAGCCUUGGAGUCUGCGCCCGUUUCAGGAUCCUCAUUACCAACACCACCACGGACAACAGAAGCGGAGACAGUUGCCCCUUUGUCUCAUCCAAGAGCCAUCAUACCCAUCGCGGACGACAUCCUGAGGUCAUUAGUCAUGAUCCUGAUCCAGUAUCCGCGCUCGAAGCAUAUCGAGCCUACGGCAACCAUAUCUAGGGAAGAACCCUCGGCAAGGACAGAGAAAGAGACGACUGGCGACGACUGUGACCUCACGGAUGCAUUGCUAGAGAUGGUCUAUGCACUCUUGGAUCACGAGCAGUACAGCCGGCGACCGUUGGCGAUCUGUUUGUCCGAGUUUUUGGUGCAUAUUGCUCUUCAACGAGAGCGCACGUUUCGGGACCGGGAACGACAAAAACGCGAAUACUUGUUAGGAGCAGGAUCUGACUUGCUUUCUUCUGAUCGAGUCAUUGAUCGCUGGCGGCAUGGUCUAGGACAACUCAGCAAGGCUAUUGGAAGCGGAGUUGCCAGAUUGGGCCGCGAUUCUGGUAUUGGUAUGGGCGGAGAUCUUCCUGGAGGUGGAGUUGAUUCUGAGGACGAUAUGCGAGGCGAGACCAAGAAGCGACUCCGUGAACAACAGCUUCAGCGGUGUCAACCGCGUGUUCGGGAUGAUCAAAGUCAACACCAGCAGGACGACAACUGGGAGGGGUUUUCCAUGGGCCAGUCGAAUAUGGACUCUCCCUUUAUUGUAUGA